CCUCCCUCCCACUCUCACACGUAAACAUCCACCCCGCCGCACCUGCAUCUCAUCUCUCUCUUCCAUCAUCCAUCAUCUUACUCCGCCUCCCUCCCACCACUCACAUCUUGUACACAUCCCACUCCUCCCAUAACACACCUCCCCGCCCACCGGACGUGCAUCAGCCAUGUCCGUCGAUGUCGACCACCGCCGCCCAUCGCCCCGCCUCAGCGAGGACUCACCCAGUCCGCGCGCGAGUGCCGAGCCCGCCCCGCCCCCCGACCUCUUCCCCUCUCUGAGCACGCUCGACAGCGGGCGCGAGAACACGCUCGAGAACCUCGCACAGCACGCCGUCGAGCUGCACGACAAUGCCAUCGACCCCGUCGGCGACGUCAACGACAUCGGCCUCGCCAACUUCCACCAUGAAGACAACUCGUUUUUCACCGCGACAGGCGAGGCCCGCUUCGGCAUGCUUGAGGACGAGGAGAAGCGCGAAGUGUACGCCGAAUACGAUGGCGCGCUCGAGAGCGAUGCGGCAACCGCCGUCGCGAACGCCGUCGAGGCCUCGCGGGGCGAAUACCGGCGCAAGCGCAGGCGCGAGGAGGACGGCGUAGUGGGGCCCGUCGAGAACGGCGAUCCUAUCGACCCUAUCAAGAUGAAGAAGGACAGCCACAAAGAGGUCGAGCGGCGCCGCCGCGAGAACAUCAACGAGGGGAUCAUGGAGAUCGUCUCGCAGGUGCCCGGCGGAUCGGACCCCAAGGUCGGCAAGGGGAUCCUCCUGAAGCGUGCAUCAGACUAUAUGAGCAGUUUGAAGGCCAAGUGCGACCAGUACAACGUAGACUUGUCAGCGAAGGAGCGGGAGAAGCAGGAAUAUGUGACCGAGCUCGAUCGUACCCGCGCCAUGCUCGAGAAGGCCGAGGCGGGGGCAGCCAAGUGGGAGUCGGCAUGGCGAGAUGCCGAGGACCGCGUGGCACAAGCGAAUUUCGAGUUGGAGGCGGCGAAGAAGCGCAUCGCCGAGCUCGAGAGAGAGAAGGAGAGGGAGAGGGAGCGGGAGCGGGAGCGGGAGAGGGAGAAGGACGAAGAGGAGGAGAACGCGGAGGCAUAGGGUGGAUCAGUGCGAUUAGAAGUGGGGGAGGGAGGUGUUGGGAACCAGUAUCACGAAGGGUUCGUAUUCAUUACCAUACCUGUUGUAUGUAGCCGUCCGCGGCAUGUGGGUG